AUGCAGAUCUGCCAAAGACUCGCGACCCUGCCAAGACUGCAAAAUCAACCGGCUAGAAAGAAGAACAUGUGCCUUCCAAACAGAGCGCGGCGAUGUCAGCUUCGGCCAAGCUUCAGACGAACAGUGCUGGUCCCACUGACGGGUCAGAAUCCGGACCGAUCAUGGCGGAAGAUUUGCAGCGCUUGCCUCUUAAGCAGCUACCUACCAGCCGCACGGCUUUCUUGGAGCUCUCGAAAGAGCUGUGGCGAGGAUCUUCAGAAAGAAAGGAUUCUGAAGACAGAUUCGAUUGUCACCGUGUCUCUCGUAAACGUGGAGCGGGAGUGCCAGCCCCGCCAAAACCUCCGAAUUCGGGUUCCAGAGAAUGUUCCCCGUCUAAGGUUGUUCGGAUGCAGCUACGGCAAAGAGCGAGGGAGAGAGAAAAAGACGGGGUUCGGCCGCCAACAUGGCAUUCUCCUCCGACAGGCAAAAGUCGGAUCGAAUGCCGUCUGCGGGGAGGCUGGGACACCAAAGACAUGCUCCAUGUCAGCUUUGGCACGAGGAAAGGUAUCUAAGAGCAGCAACCGACCCAGGUGCUUGCCUCGCACCCAACCACAUGUUCCUUGA